UGACCAGAGUGGCAUGUCGUCCAGUCGAACACAACAGAUGUACGCUUUCAACUGGAUCCGGAAUCACCUAGAGGAGCACCCUGAGACAUCACUGCCAAAGCAAGAGGUGUACGACGAGUACAAGAGCUACUGUGACAGUCUUGCCUACCACCCAUUGAGUGCUGCAGACUUUGGAAAAAUCAUGAAGCAUGUCUUUCCCAACAUGAAGGCUCGCCGCCUGGGCAUGAGGGGCAAAUCUAAAUACUGUUAUAGUGGACUGAGGAAGAAAGCUUUUGUUCACAUGCCUUCUCUGCCCAACUUGGACUUACAAAAAUCAGGCGACGGGUGUGAGCCAAUGGAGCCGUCAUCGGGCCAGUCUCCCAGUGCAGAGGAUGAGAUGCGCUCAGCGGCCUGUGGCCUGGUGUGUGAGUGGGCUCAGAAGGUCCUCAGCAGACAGUUUGAUGCCGUGGAGGACCUGGCCCGCUUCCUGCUCAACAGUCAUUACAUAGGAACCAAGUCUAUGGCUGCCAUCACCGUCAUGACUGGGACUCCCACAGGUCUGAAGACGCCCACGCCAACCUCUGCGUUCAUGCCCACGUCCGAGGCCUCGUCCUUCCAGCCGCAGGUGAAGACGCUGGCUUCUCCCUCGGUGGACGCCAAGCAGCAGCUCCAGAGGAAGAUCCAGAAGAAACAGCAGGAGCAGAAGCUCCAGUCCCCCCUGCCUGGAGAGGCCCAGGGACAGAACCAGGCCAGGAGGACCGAGGCCAGUACCCCAGGGCCAGCUAUCCCCUGUGGAAGUCCAGCUCUGCUCUCACCACAACCUACCAUUGGUAUUGUGGUGGCAGCCGUCCCCAGCCCCAUCACGGUCCAGAGGAGCAGGCAGCUGAUGACUUCCCCUAGCCCGGUGGGGUCCGCCGAGGGGAAGGUCAUGCCAACGGUCAACUUCCAGGUGGUCACCCACACCCAGUCUCUGACCCACAGACAGUCCCCUAAAGCACCCCAGAACAUCUCAGCCAGCCCCGUGGGAGACCGCCUGGCUAGGCACAGGUACCCCCAGAUCCUCCCCAAGCCCUCUGCCACGGGGGCCAUCACCCUGCGUUCGCCCCCCACCCUGCUCAUCACCAACAGCCCCAUGAAGACCCACCACGUGAUCCAGCCCCAGUUCAGCUCCCACGUCAACGUGGUCAAGAUGACCGCCGUCUCCUUGACCCCGAGCAACACUAUCAGUACCAGCAGUAACAGUAUGGUCCUCAAGCCGGCUUCAGCCUCGGCCGGGGUGGGAACCACCACCACCACCACCUUUACCACCAUCGCUGCCCUAGAGGAGGUCCAGCAACAGGGACAGAGCCAGGGAGGCCCCCCAGCCACCCCACAGUGCCCUGUAGUACGGCCUGACGCCCCAGCCUCCACCCCUACUCCCACAGUGGCUCCUGAGGCCAUCAUCACUGACAAUAAUCCGGGCUCUAACUCUGAUAAACGGAGUACCAUACAGAAGUCCCCCGGUGGGUCCAAGGGUCCAGAGAGGGCCACUAAGUACCGAGCGUCCAGCGAACCCUCGCUCCUGGUCAUAUGCUCACCGGGACCUGACAGAGUGGCCGACAGGACCAAAAGCUACCCCUCCUCUAGCUCCCCUCCCACCUCUGCCACCAAUGCAGCGACUAUUAGGGUAGAGACCAAGCAGGACAGCAAUAACAACAGCAGCAUUGCCACCACCUGUCACCAAGAAAGUACUUUUUAUCUGACUGUUGUGCCCUCGGCCAAUCAGAACGCUCCUAACGUCAGCGGAAAGUCCUCCUCGUCCAAUGGCUUAUCGGCUGUUACCCUAUUGUCUGCUAAAGACUCCUCCUCCUGUGCGUCAGGUUCUAAGAGUCCCCGGAAGCGAACCGGCCCUGGUCUGGAUUCCACCCACGUGAUCCCUGUGAAGCGUGUCUUCAUCUCCCAGCAACCUUUAGGUGUGACCUUUGACCCCAAACCAGGGGUUCCCGCCACCGUCAAGAGGGUCCCAGCCAGACAAGGCACCCCCGCCCGACCAGAGAGCGCCCCCUGUCGAGUGACGGUGAAACAACACCUAGUGCCCACGCAGAUCCUGGCGCUGUCUGACUCGCCCGUCACAAACGCAGAGAUCUCCUCCUUCUCCUCUCAGACUGGCAGUGUGAAGCCCAGGUCCUCCUCGUUGCUGCUAGUGAAACAGGAAGACCAGUCCUCUCUAACUCUACGUCUCAGCACUGUCAGCAGUCACACCAGCACCACUGAAGCCUCUGGAGCACAGCAACACUCUGAGGCCUCUGUCUCUGCGAUGGCGGUAGGAGCACAGCAACACUCUGAGGCCUCUGUCUCUGCGAUGGCGGUAGGGGCACAGCAACACUCUGUCUCUGCGAUGGCGGUAGGGGCACAGCAACACUCUGAGGCCUCUGUCUCUGUGAUGGCGGUAGGGGCACAGCAACACUCUGAGGCCUCUGUCUCUGUGAUGGCGGUAGGAGCACAGCAACACUCUGAGGCCUCUGUCUCUGUGAUGGCGGUAGGGGCACAGCAACACUCUGAGGCCUCUGUCUCUGCGAUGGCGGUAGGGGCACAGCAACACUCUGAGGCCUCUGUCUCUGUGAUGGCGGUAGGAGCACAGCAACACUCUGUCUCUGCGAUGGCGGUAGGGGCACAGCAACACUCUGUCUCUGCGAUGGCGGUAGGGGCACAGCAACACUCUGAGGCCUCUGUCUCUGUGAUGGCGGUAGGGGCACAGCAACACUCUGAGGCCUCUGUCUCUGUGAUGGCGGUAGGGGCACAGCAACACUCUGAGGCCUCUGUCUCUGCGAUGGCGGUAGGGGCACAGCAACACUCUGAGGCCUCUGUCUCUGUGAUGGCGGUAGGGGCACAGCAACACUCUGAGGCCUCUGUCUCUGUGAUGGCGGUAGGGGCACAGCAACACUCUGAGGCCUCUGUCUCUGUGAUGGCGGUAGGAGCACAGCAACACUCUGUCUCUGCGAUGGCGGUAGGGGCACAGCAACACUCUGAGGCCUCUGUCUCUGCGAUGGCGGUAGGGGCACAGCAACACUCUGAGGCCUCUGUCUCUGUGAUGGCGGUAGGGGCACAGCAACACUCUGAGGCCUCUGUCUCUGCGAUGGCGGUAGGGGCACAGCAACACUCUGAGGCCUCUGUCUCUGUGAUGGCGGUAGGAGCACAGCAACACUCUGUCUCUGUGAUGGCGGUAGGGGCACAGCAACACUCUGAGGCCUCUGUCUCUGCGAUGGCGGUAGGGGCACAGCAACACUCUGAGGCCUCUGUCUCUGUGAUGGCGGUAGGGGCACAGCAACACUCUGAGGCCUCUGUCUCUGUGAUGGCGGUAGGAGCACAGCAACACUCUGAGGCCUCUGUCUCUGCGAUGGCGGUAGGGGCACAGCAACACUCUGAGGCCUCUGUCUCUGCGAUGGCGGUAGGAGCACAGCAACACUCUGUCUCUGUGAUGGCGGUAGGAGCACAGCAACACUCUGAGGCCUCUGUCUCUGCGAUGGCGGUAGGAGCACAGCAACACUCUGUCUCUGUGAUGGCGGUAGGAGCACAGCAACACUCUGUCUCUGCGAUGGCGGUAGGAGCACAGCAACACUCUGUCUCUGCGAUGGCGGUAGGAGCACAGCAACACUCUGUCUCUGCGAUGGCGGUAGGAGCACAGCAACACUCUGUCUCUGCGAUGGCGGUAGGAGCACAGCAACACUCUGUCUCUGCGAUGGCGGUAGGAGCACAGCAACACUCUGUCUCUGCGAUGGCGGUAGGAGCACAGCAACACUCUGUCUCUGCGAUGGCGGUAGGAGCACAGCAACACUCUGUCUCUGCGAUGGCGGUAGGAGCACAGCAACACUCUGUCUCUGCGAUGGCGGUAGGAGCACAGCAACACUCUGUCUCUGCGAUGGCGGUAGGAGCACAGCAACACUCUGUCUCUGCGAUGGGGAACAUGAAUAGCACAAUGUUGGAAGAGUCAGCCUUAGGACUUCUGGAAGAGCUGCAGAAACAGGCCUUCACUCAGACUAUAGCAGCAGACCACACCAAGCAGCAGACCCUGGGUUCUACCGACCAACACCAACUCUCCAACAUCAUGUCCCAGACCUCAGACUCCUCUGAUCAGUUAUCUGGUCUUCACCAGGAGAUGGUGGACUUUACCUCCUCAUCCUCCCAGCACGGCUCCACCAUGGACUAUUUCUCAUUUAACGAUGAUGAUAUGACCCAGGACAGCAUAGUAGAGGAACUGGUACAGAUGGAAGAACAGAUGAAGCUGAAGGGCCUCCAGCCGCUGUUCAGUAGCUGUGUGGAUAAUAUGUCUCUCCAGGGCCUGCCUGGGGGCCCUCAGGGGCCCAUCCUCAACACCCACCACCAGGGGGGUAGCUCCUCUUUCUACCAGUCUGCCCAUAGCAGCACAACCCCCAUCCAGACCCCCACCCUGACUCCAACUCCUACCCCCACGGAAAUGACUCUCGGCGGGUACGGGCUGACCAGAGAGAGCCCCUGCUGCCAUCACAGCAUGGCCCCUAUCACGCCCGUGGAGGGGCCUCUAGGAGGCCGACACACCCCUAUAAGCGCUCUGUCUAACUGUUCUAGCGGCAUCCCGCCCAGCCCGGUGGAGUGCAGGAACCCGUUUGCCUUCACCCCUAUCAACUCCAGCAUGACAGGGGGUCACCACGAUGCCUCCGUGAUGUCUGUCUCCUCCAGUCCCAUCAAGCCCAUGCAGAGACCCAUGGCCACGCACCCAGACAAGGCUAAACUGGAGUGGAUCAACAACCGCUACAACAGUAGUGGUACUGAAGCUACUGGAGAAGUCGGCGCAGGACCAGGGUCUGGGUUAUCCAUCUCGAACCACAGCCUUGGUGGACUCCUGCCUAGUUACCAGGAUCUAGUGGACGAUCACUUCCGUAAGCCGCACGCCUUCGCUGUCCCGGGCCACAGCGGCCAGUCUUUCCAGGCCCAGUCCAGACAGCAGGACGGCAGCCAUUUUGAACAUCUCACACUCAUCUCUCCGGUGCAACAGCAGUUGACCGGUGUAUCGACCACACCCACCAACACGGCAACCAAACAGGACGAGAGCUUCGCUGUGCCCGCCCCUCUGGACAGCAAGGGUGGAGCCUUGUCAUCAGGGGGCGGGACGUUCCGUUGUCGCAGCGUCAGUCCCGCCGUGCGUCAGAUGACCUUCAGCGGUACCGACACAACCAUUGGUACCGUCACAACCCCCGGCACCGGUACUACCACUCGAUUGGUUGUCUCGCAGUUUAGUUCCCCCAUGACCUCACAGGAAAUACUCAGCAUCCUGUCCAACAGCCAAUCGGUGGGCGGCAACCUCCACAGCAUGGCCCAGCGCAGCCAAUCGGUGCCCUUAAACAUCAUGAUGCAGAGCGUUGUGGAGAUGCAGGGCAUCCAGGGACAGAACCAUAGUAAUGCCACUAAGAUCACCAACGUUCUCCUGAGUAAGAUGGACUCUGACGUGAACGACGCUGUGAGGGGCCUGGGCAUCAACAACCUCCCUUCCAACUAUACCGCCCGCAUGAACCUCACCCAGAUGCUGGAGACCCAGUCUCAGAGUCAGACUGCCCCUGGUGGCUUCACCGCUGGAGGAGAUGGAGGAGGGAACGCCCAUCAGUCUCAGCUGCAGACUGUCAGCUCCAGCCCUGCCUCUUUCGAGCUCCAGCAGCACGGGGGCUACCUCACCAGUACCGGAGGAGGCGGGGGGGACAUGAGCUUCAACCAAGCACAAUCAGGCCCUGGCGGUGAGGAUGUGGACCUGGAGCUACAGCAGAUCCAGGAGCUUCAGGAGGCCUCUGGACAGCUCCAUCCCCAGCUACUACAAACCCAGGCUAGGCUGCUCCAGAGUCCCCAGCUCCAGAGUCCCCACCCCCAGCUCCAGAGUCCCCACUCCCAGCUCCAGAGUCCCCACCCCCAGCUCCAGAGUCCCCACCCCCAGCUCCAGAGUCCCCAGCUCCAGAGUCCCCACCCCCAGCUCCAGAGUCCCCACCCCCAGCUCCAGAGUCCCCACCCCCAGCUCCGGAGUCCCCACCCCCAGCUCCAGAGUCCCCAGCUCCAGAGUCCCCACCCCCAGCUCCAGAUUCCCCAGCUCCAGAGUCCUCACCCCCAGCUCCAGAGUCCCCAGCUCCAGAGUCCCCAGCUCCAGAGUCCCCACCCCCAGCUCCGGAGUCCCCACCCCCAGCUCCGGAGUCCCCACCCCCAGCUCCAGAGUCCCCAGCUCCAGAGUCCCCACCCCCAGCUCCAGAGUCCCCAGCUCCAGAGUCCCCAGCUCCAGAGUCCCCACCCCCAGCUCCAGAGUCCCCACUCCCAGCUCCAGAGUCCCCACCCCCAGCUCCAGAGUCCCCACUCCCAGCUCCAGAGUCAACAGCUCCAGAAUCCCCACCCCCAGAGUCCCCAGCUCCAGAGUCCCCACUCCCAGCUCCAGAGUCCCCACUCCCAGCUCCAGAGUCCCCACUCCCAGCUCCAGAGUCCCCAGCUCCGGAGUCCCCACCCCCAGCUCCAGAGUCCCCAGCUCCAGAGUCCCCACCCCCAGCUCCAGAGUCCCCACCCCCAGCUCCAGAGUCCCCACUCCCAGCUCCAGAGUCCCCACUCCCAGCUCCAGAGUCCUCAGGCCCUGCUCCAGAUUCCUCAGGCCCAGGCCGGGUUCCAACUCCUCCAGCCCAUCACCACCCACCAGCAGCAACAACAACAGGAUGAAGAAGACAAGGCACAACAACAGCUAGACUUCAACAACACUGUUAAAGACCUGUUAGGUGACGACGGUCUCAACGUCCACGCUGAAGGCCUCAACCCUAGCUCUCAGCUGGUUGGUCAGGUGGCCUCGGAACUCAACGCCGCUGUGGCGUCCGACUUCACCAACGACAUCAGGCUGACCUCCGACCUCUCCAGUAGCAUCACAGACCUGAACACGUUGGACGCCGACCUGCUGUUCGAUCCGUCCAAUCAGCAGCAAGAACAGUACGAAGACGCCACACUGGAAGAGCUGAAGAACGAUCCUCUGUUUCAGCAGAUAUGUAGUGAUACUGUGAACUCCUCGUUCGACUGGCUAGAGAGCCAAGACCAGCCUACUACAGUAGAGAUGUUGGGCUAAUGUUAUUGUUGUGUGUGAACGAAUGGAAGCUUUUUCCCUUAUGUAGUUUACUAUGGGUCUUUGUCUAUUGGCCCUAGUCAGAAGCAGUGUACAAUAUAGGGACUAGGGUAUCAAUUCAGAUACAGACUGGCUUAAAUAAAAUACAUAUAUUUAUGUUUUAUUUUUAUUUUAUUGUUUUGUCAGGAGAGAAAAAAACUUCUGGACUCUCGGCCGUUUGUCCAGUGAAAAGUGCCAGCCUAACCUGGAAAUCUCUCCUAAUUUUUCUUGUUUUUAUAUCACUUUUAUUGUUAAGAUAUCUGAAUCACAAUACAUUACCACUUAAUUUCAUCUUCCUAUGAAAUCAUCAAAGAGUACAUUUCAAGUGAGUGAAGAUAUGGUUUGUGAGACGUGGUCUGUGAGACGUUGUCUCUGAGACGUGGACUGUGAGACGUGGACUGUGAGACGUGGUCUGUGAGACGUUGUCUCUGAGACGUGGACUGUGAGACGUGGACUGUGAGACGUGGUCUGUGAGACGUGGCCAGUGAGACAUGGACUGUGAGACGUGGUCUCUGAGACGUGCUCUGUGAGAUGUCUCUGAGACGUGGACUGUAAGACGUGGUCAGUGAGACGUGGUCAGUGAGACAUGGACUGUGAGACGUGGUCUCUGAGACGUGGACUGUAAGACGUGGUCAGUGAGACGUGAUCAGUGAGACGUGGCCAGUGAGACGUGGCCAGUGAGACGUUGUCUGUGAGACGUUGUCUGUGAGACGUGGUCUGUGAGACGUGGUCUGUGAGACGUGGUCAGUGAGACGUGGUCAGUGAGACGUGGUCAGUGAGACGUGGUCUGUGAGACGUGGUCUGUGAGACGUGGCCAGUGAGACGUGGUCAGUGAGACGUUGUCUGUGAGACGUUGUCUGUGAGACGUGGUCUGUGAGACGUGGUCAGUGAGACGUGGUCAGUGAGACGUGGUCAGUGAGACGUGGUCAGUGAGACAUGGUCUCUGAGACAUGGUCUGUGAGACGUGGUGUGUGAGACGUGGUCUGUGAGACGUGGUCUGUGAGACGUGGCCAGUGAGACGUUGUCUGUGUGACGUGGACUCUGAGACGUUGUCAGUGAGACGUGGUCAGUGAGACGUGGCCAGUGAGACGUGGUCAGUGAGACGUGGUCAGUGAGACGUUGUCUGUGAGACGUGGUCUGUGAGACGUGGUCAGUGAGACGUGGUCAGUGAGACGUGGCCAGUGAGACGUGGCCAGUGAGACGUGGCCAGUGAGACGUGGCCAGUGAGACGUGGUCAGUGAGACGUGGACUGUGAGACGUGGUCUGUGAGACGUGGUCUGUGAGACGUGGACUGUGAGACGUGGUUUGUGAGACGUGGCCUGUGAGACGUGGUCUGUGAGACGUGGCCUGUGAGACGUGGCCUGUGAGACGUGUCCAGUGAGACGUGGUCAGUGAGACGUGGCCAGUGAGACGUGGUCAGUGAGACGUGGCCAGUGAGACGUGGUCAGUGAGACGUGGACAGUGAGACGUGGUCAGUGAGACGUGGUCAGUGAGACGUGGCCAGUGAGACGUGGUCAGUGAGACGUGGACAGUGAGACGUGGUCAGUGAGACGUGGCCAGUGAGACGUGGUCGGUGAGACGUGGCCGGUGAGACGUGGUCGGUGAGACGUGGUCAGUGAGACGUGGACAGUGAGACGUGGACAGUGAGACGUGGACUGUGUCUGACAUGCCACCCUAGGGCUCUGAUCAAGAGUCCUGCACUACAUGGAGUAGGGGUCCUUGUUAUAAGGGGUAGAUUUCCCAAGGUACAGUAUACUGAACACCACACAGUAAAACCAUAUCUUCCUAUGUUGUGUGUACUCAUUCAAUAAUGCAAUAGUUUUAUUCAGAAAUCAUCUAACGAAUAGGACAUCUGGCACAAAAUCACACAAUCACAAAAUCACACAAUCGCACAAUCGCACAUAUUUGCUGUAGGAUGUAGUAUCCUGUUUUAGUGUGUUUCAAAGGUGAAUCCAAACAGAAAAAUACAACAUUAGAAGACAACUUAAUAACAUGCACAUGACAUUUUAGCAGUAAAUUUGCCUAUCAUGUCCGAAUACUAAACGGGUAGCAUCCAGAAGCUACCAGGUGCUGAAUUUAAGACAUCUCCAUCAUGCAUCAUAUUGAUACCAAAUCAAUGGCAUACUGGUUCAUAUCUGAACAGUUUAAAUGUCAAAGUCUAUAAAUACUACUUGUACUGUUCAAUUAGGAAGAGAUGAGCGGGAUUUUGAAGAUGAGGAAGAUGAGCUGGAUUCGCUAGUACUGGUAGUCUUAUCUGGUGAAGAACCAAUGUGACACUCCUGGGAAGGGAAGCAACAACAAACAUGGCUGCCUUAUUUUCCAAUCUCCAAGGCCUUACGCCAUCUCUACAGACGGACUGUGUAUAAUACUAUUCAGUAGUGCAUAGAAUCUAGAACCGAUUCUAGAACCGAUUCUAUAAUUCUAGAACCGAUUCUAUAAUUCUAGAACCAUCCAGAGCUUCACCAUUCAUAUCAAGGCAGCUGAUUAAACUGUGAUAAUGUUUUCAAUACUUUUUCUUAUGAUUCUCUUGUUAUUUGCAGUGUCACUUGAGGCAUCCAUACUGUAUAAAAACAAAGCACAUGCUGUGUACCCUUACUUAUUAUCAGUUGUAGAUGGAGAAUAAUGUUGGACAGGCGGUCACACGAUUCAGCAGACAGAGUGUUACUCCCAGGGUUGAACAAAAUAUAUUACAGCUGUGUCCUAAAUGGAACCCUAUUCCCUAUUUAUAGUGCACUACUUUAGACCAGAGCCCAUAGAGCUCUGUAUAGGGAACAGGGUACCAUCUGAGAUGUAUCCUAUAUAAAUGGUAUGAUGAUGGUUAAAUAGUCCCAGCUCCAGAGUCCCCAGCUCCAGAGUCCCCACCCCCAGCUCCAGAGUCCCCAGCUCCAGUGUCCCCAGCUCCAGAGUCCAUAUAAAUGGUAUGGUGAUGAUUAAAUAUGUAAUUGAAGGCAACACAGAGGCUGCAUAGAUACCGUAGCUGUAAGAUUUGGUUUCUGGAUUUUGAUGUCAACUUGAGAUCUAGUUACGAGUCGUGUUUGGUUAUUGUCUUUCCGGAGAUCCAGCCUUAUUUCCAUACCAAAGAAGAGCUGUUGUUUAAAUGAACGUACUUUUACGUUAGAAGAAGUUAUAUAAGGUUUGUAUAAGAGGUUGUUAUACAUGGGAUUUAAAAUCAUCCAUUCACUAUUAGUGACUAUGUUAUCAGUGAAGAGAAAACAAAUAUAACUGGGGUCUACGUCCCAAUUGGCACUCCAUUCCCUUUAUAGUGGAGGGGUUCCAUAGGGCUCUGGUCAAAAGCAGUGCACUGUAUAGCCCAGUGUGACCCA